AUGACGGAUGAAUUAACAUCACCUUCUCUCAAAUCUGGAAAUGUUCUGGCUCUACUUAACACACUUUACACUUCCGGAUUUGCAAUGGCGUCCUCCAGCACUCCAUUGCUCAAAGGAAAAACUUUGCACACCCUAUAUGCUGUUUCGUUUGUCGUCUACGUCACCAACUCUAUUUGCUCUUGGCUUCACAUCAGUUUCGUGGUUAAGGGAUACGUGACUUCUUUUCCACUGAAUACAUGGCUAGUGGUUUCUUUGGUUGUUACCGCAGUAUGUGGAUCAAUGUGCACAUGGUUGCUACUAGUACUUUGUAUUGAGAAUGCAUUUGCACAUAGACUAGAUAUUACCCCCUAUCGAAGCGGAUGCGCUUUGUUGUUUGAAGCAUUUAUAGAAUGGACACAGGCAUUCAACAAUUUCCGAAUGUCAUUUCUUAUCAUGGCACUCCACGAUGCACCGAUCACAAUUUUCAAUUACUUCUUUAUCGCAUCCUGCAGAUGUCCGAACCCUAAAGUGAUUAUAGAUAGAAAGAAACAUUUUUGA